AUGCGAUCAGCCACAACUUUUGGCGUCGUGGUGGCUGCAACCCUCAUGCCCCAUGUGAUUGCGCAGGCUCCAAGCUACGGGCAAGGCUCAUUCAUUCCCUCAAUUGACAUUGUAUUGACUGGCUCUAGCUCCCCCGACGGCUCUGGUUCCGACACCGAACAAUCUUCUCAGCCAGAAGGUCCUUGGAAUGGGGAUGCCAAUUCGAACCUCGGAAACGUCCCCGGCGGCGCAUCUGGCGGUCCCACUUGCGUCAUGGAAGGAACGACAACCGUUUUUGUCACUGUCUACCCAAGUAGGGCCACGCCCACUGGAAAUGGCUCCUCUGCUGGAGGCCCCUCUCCUGGCAGCUCCCCUCCUGGCGGCUCCCUUCCUGGCGGCCCUCUCCCUGGUGGUUCUCUCCCUGGUGGUUCAUCUCCUGGCAGCUCUUCUUCUGGAGGGUCGUCUUCUGGUGGCCCCUUCCCCGGCGGCUCCUUCCCUGGCGGCUCUUCUCCAGGCGGCACGGUCCCUGGCGGCAAUUCUCCAGGCGGCAAUUCUCCUGGUGGCUCGUCUCCUGGCGGCUCAUCCCCGUACGGCUCUUCUCCCGCCGGCUCUGGCUCUAACCAAGUUUCCAACGCCAACUACCCGACGAUAACCAUCCGUGUAUCCCCUUUCAUCUCUGCCCAGACAAUCCAGACCUUUCCUUCCCCCUUCACGACUCUCACAAUUGACAUUUGGGGUGAUGGUUCUGCCUCUGGUCUGCCCAUUGGCCCGCCCUCCGACGAGUCACCGGCCAUCGGCCCUGGUGGCUAUGAUGGUCACAACGGUUUCCCGGCGUCCAAUCCUGUUUCCGUGAGUGUUGCAUCUCCAUCGGGCACUGGGCUGGCUGCUGGUGCCAACGGUCCUCCGCAAGGCUCUGUCAAUGCACCCAUCACACCUGGGUUGCCCCAGAAUGGCUCACCGCAGAAUGGUUCACCGCAGAAUGGCUCACCAUGGUACACUGUUGUCACCGACUCUAGCAUCCAGUGGGUUCAGGGUUCUGCCGGACCAAGCCCCGUCGCUGUCUUGUCGGCUCACACGAUUACACUUGGAACCGGAGCAGCGAACGCGCCCGGCAGCAACUCUGGCAAUCUCAACGGCGGCAGCGCACUCGCCUGCAUCACGACCACUGGUCCAGAUGGGCGUCCAACUGUUUUCGAGUGGCCUGCUGGUAACUCUCAAGUCAAUGGAGGGCAACCCUUGUCAAUCUCUGCUGGCCUUGCAACCAAUUUUCCUCUUCGAGGUUCCCCAACCGUCAACAGCCCUUGGCCUGGUGUCACCGGCAGUGACGCCAACGCUGUACCUUUUCCUGGCAGGUCGGGCCUGGGCGUCACUGGCACAGCCUACACUGUGGUGGGAACGGAUGGUAUUUCUACCGUCGUGCAUUAUUCAUGGGUCAUUCCUCCCUACAACCCCACUGGUGUGUCUGCUGCCCUGCCCACCACUGCUCCUGUUCCUGUGCAGAACCCCAAUGGAGGUUUCCUCCCGGGCGGAACGAACUCCAACGGCGCCGGAUACACGGUGUGCACGAGCUACACUGUUCUCGGCGCCGACGGAAAGCCUACGGUUGUCGAGUCCACGCUGGUGCUUCCUGGUGCCGAGAGCACGCAGGCGGGUGUGUCGGGAAGCCCGAUCAACGGAAUCCCCGUUCAAGUGUCUGUUCCCGGGACCCCCCCAAACGGAGUCCCUAUUCCCGUCACAUCUGUUCCUGGGUCCCCCGGCCCUGUCGUUUCGGAUCUCUCUGGUGCUCUAGUCACCAGCACCACCUACAUCGUGCUCGGAGCUGAUGGUCGUCCCACCAUUGUUGAUACCACCUUCAUCGUUCCUGGCCCUGUUGCCACGGGCGCUUCUCCCCAGAUUGGUGGAAUUACUGGAGCUCCCCAACCUGGCAAUGCUGGUUCCGGCGCCAACGCGGGCCUUGGUGGCAACGCCGGCGCAGGAGGGACGACGACUUGCAUCACCUACACUGUCCUCGGAGCAGAUGGCCGUCCUACUGUUGUGGACACGACGUUUCUAAUCCCUGGCGCUGCCGCUACUGCGGCGGACAAUGCUCCUGUGGGUGUUUUUACUGGUGUUCCCUCGCAGGCAACCGGAAUCCCUGGAAUUCCUCAGCCCGGAAAUUCUGGUCCCGAGGGCAACGCUGGCUCGGAGGGCAUUGCGACGUGCAUUUCGUACACGGUCCUGGGAGCAGAUGGUCGGCCCACCGUCAUGGACACGACCUUUUUGAUCCCUGGUCCCGCUGCCACUCCUGCAGGCAACGCUCCUGUGGGUGUCAUCACUGUUGCUCCGACGCAGGGCACCGGAAACCCAGGGAUUCCCCCGCCGGCAAAUGCUGGCACUGGCAGCAACGGCGGUCUCGGUGACAAUGGGGGCCUGGGAGGCAUCACGACUUGCGUCACCUACACUGCCCUUGGUCCUGAUGGCAGACCAACGCUGUUUGAUACCACGUUUGUCAUUCCUGUCCCUGUGCCGACGCCGGCGGACAGCACUCCUGUUGGGGUCAUCACUGCUGUUCCCUCUCAGUUCCCCGGGUUUCCACAAUCCGGAAACGCUGGUUUUGGAGGCCUCUCCACCUGUGUCACGUACACUGCCGUUGGCGCUGAUGGAAGACCAACAAUCGUCGAGUCGACCGUGGUGAUUGCUGCCAGCAAUGCUCGGCCCACUGCCAGUGGUCUUGGUUUCCCACCCGGUCCCCUGCCGCUGUCCAACCUGCCCCAGGGCAAUUCCCCUUUUGCGACCGCUGGUAGCCCCAUUACGACGGCUGUGACGGUUGAUAUUCUCGGGCCCAAUGGUGUCGCGACGCCGGUUGUGGAAACCAUUAUCCUGACUCCGGACAAUGGUGUGGCUCCCGCCUCCCGGGCUGGGCCAACUUUGGGGUUUCCCACUGUCGCUCCCCAGCAGACGCCAACUGUUCCCCAAGGCGUCCCAUACUUUACAUCUCUGGUCCUUGGGGUCACCACCUUGGUCACCGUCGAUGUGAUGGGGCCGAAUGGUGUGGGAACUCCAGUUGUCCAGACCAUUGUGCUCACGCCGGGCGCGGCCAGCAUUCCCACGGCCGGCCCUGGUGCUGACGGUGGUAACCUCGCAGCACCCCCUGGACCCUUUGCGCAAGGCGCUUCUGUCAGCAGUAUUUCAAUUGGCGUCCCCUCUCUUGACGCCUACGGUCCAGAGCAGCCCAAUCUGCAGACUGUAUUCCCUCCUGCACCCGCCUUCUCCGGUCUUGAUAGUCUGCGAACCGAAACGUUGGCUGGCGCGAGCACUUCUACAGUCACCAUUGUUGCCGGUCCUGGCGGGGUUCCUCUUGGCUCUGUUGUCAUCGGUCAGCCGAUUCAGUCCUAUAGCAGAUCGGGUGGUAAUGGAAUUUCUGUCCUUGUGCCUGGCCAAAGUGCCGGCAACGGUUACCCGUGGGGCUUCAGCCAGGAUGGGGCUGCGUACGGAUCUCCGUCGUCGUCGAUCUUACCGCAGGCUGCUGCCUCUACGAUUCAGACUGGCACGUGGACCAAUGUCAUCCCGGAGCAAACAACUACGCACACGUUGAACUUUCCGUUUACCACGCUGGCAACUGUGGCUGCGCCCAAAAGGCGUGCAUUCCGGCGACAGGAAGGUCCCAUGCGCCUCACUUCGUGGAGCAAUGCAACAACAUCGUUGCCUGAAAGCACUUCUCUUGGUGCCAGUGUGUCGCCGCCCUUGGUAGACGAGACUGCACCGCCUUCUGUUGUUUCCACAACUCCUGUCGCCACGAGCUCCACUCCCUCGGCGACACCCAGCGUUGGUGCGGCAAUGUGCCCAUCUGGCGGAAAGAUUGGCAACACAACUGUUGAUUUUGACGAUGCCAAGCCCGGCCCCUUGUUGAACCCGUCUCGGGACUUGUGGUUCUCCCAAGGAUUUCUCGUCGCACCGCCGUCUUCUCCGGCGACGCAGUCGUAUGUGCCUUCGUCCGGCGGCCAGCUUGUCGAAUUUGUUCCCUCGUCAUUGUCUGGCAUGCCUAGUGUUCGGAGCGGCGAUGUCGCCGAGGUGGGCGUCGGCCCCAACUCUGCCAACCCGUGCUUCAGGUUCGACUUCUUCAGCGCCGAACUUGGUUGUGCUGCCGAGGGAAAUGAGCAGUGGUGCGAAUUCGAGGUUUCGGCGUACACGUACAACGAGGGCUCUUCGAGCGAACAGUCGAUUGCUUGGUCAGAGGUCAAGCGUGUUCCUUCAUGCCCCAACUUCCCCAGCGGCAACUGCUCCUUGACGCCGGUUGAUUUUGAGGGCUACAACAACAUAACAUCCAUUCUCAUCAGGCUUCAUGUUGGCCUGGAAUUGCGAGCUUGGUGGGGUGACGACUUCAAGUUUGGCUGGGCAGACAACAGCUGCGAUGCAUCGAGCUGCCGUGGACGCGCCCUCCCCCAGCGCGCAAGGCGUGAGACUGUAGAGUCUGCCUUGCGAGACGGUGUAUGGCACUGGACCCCUGCUGGGUUUCAGAGACUUGCCGACGAGUACAUUUGGGAGUCGGUGUACUGA